AUGCCACCUCGUGAUUUGAGAUUACGCAUUUCCCUCGGUCUCAAGCCGCUUCGUCUCGACACACAACCCAGCCAAGCGGAAAAGGAGCGACAGAAUCAUGAAGCAAAGAAGCGGGAGGAGGCCGAGACGCAGGCAGCGGAGCUGCGCCGUAAAAUCGACGCAGCACGGGAAAAGCGCGUCAUGGAGUCCAAGCUGCGUGCUGUGAAGACCUUAGGCGCUGCGGACGAUGACGAUGACGGUGACAUGGCGUCCUGGGUUGAAAGGAACCGUCGUCUGGAGCAGCAGCGGAAGGAGGAGGCAGCACGUAAGGCAGCGGCAGCAGCAGCAGCAACAGCAACAGCGAACAAGCGCCGUCAUAGAGAUUCGGACGAUGAUGAGGACGGCGGAUACAGAGCCACAGAGCUAGAAGGCCUCAAGGUGCGUCACGACCUGUGUGAGGUUGGCGAGGGCGAGACGGUCAUCGUGACGCUGGCGGAUAAGCCCCUUCUGGACGAGAGGGGCAACCUGAGGGAUGAAGAGGAUGAGCUGGAAAACACACUGCUGGCCGAGGAGAAGCGGCGACGUAAGGCCCUCAAAGCCGCCAAGAAGGAGGCUAAGCCGCUGUGGGAGGAGGAUGGCAAGGUCCGUACACUGCUUGACAAGUACGACGAGGAGGAGGAGGAGGUGGUGAUGCAGCUGGGGACAGGGGGCAGAUUGGAAGCAGACAGGCUGCGAAGGCAGGAAGAGGUGUGGCAGCAAAGAGCUGGUGGUGGUAUCCACCAUCGCUACAACCACCGCAACUGCUACAACUGCUGCAUGAUAACUGCACAAUCCGGAUCAUGGCGUGCUAUUGCCCUUCAAUCGUGUGUGGUUCGUCUUUUCCCCCUCUUCCCCCCCGGUGGCUGGCGCCGGUACCUAACCCGUACUGCCCGCGCAGGUAAUGCCGUACUGGCCGGUGGGGUAGGGGCCAGCGGCACGGGCAGCGCCGCGGGCAGCGGCGGUGGCGACUACUUCACACCCGCGGAAAUGGCCGCCUUUUCGAAACCCCGGAAGAAGAAACCCAAGGGCGAGCGGCGGAUCCGGGCCAAGAGCGCCGAGCCGGAGGAGGGAGCGGACUUAUUGGCCACGUUGGAGGCCCAGGCGGAGGAAGCGGCGGCGGCGGCUGGCGGCAGGGGCGGCGGCGGCGAUCUGGGUCGCCGUGCCGACCGCGGCGCCGCCGCUGCCCGCGCAGAGGCCGCUGCCCGCGCAGAGGCCCAGGAGAAGCGCGCGCGCUUCGACGCCGCCGUGGAGCAGGCCAACUGGGCAUCGCAGUUCCUGCGCCCGCAGCAGAAAGGCAAGUUGGGCGCCGCCGCCGCCGUCACAGUGGGCGGUACGACAGGGCCCAUUGUGACGGCGCCCGCGCCGGGUGCGGCGGUGGGUGACGACGACGACGAAGCGGAUCGGGAGCUCCGUGAGUCCUUAGAGCGGGCGCGGCGCCUGGCGCAGAAGAAAAAGGAGGAGGAGGAAGCUGCGGCGGCGGCGCGGGUGAAGAAGGAAGAGGGCGAGAACGGGAUGGAGGUGGGCGUCAUUGACGGUGGCGGAGGAGGGGGGAGCGUGGAGGAGGUGGCGCGUCUGGCGACGGCUCGGCGGCGGCAAGAGCAGGAGGGCAAGAACAAAGGGUUAGGCGCCCUAUUUGCUGACGUGGGAGGGGUAAAGGCCGAGCAAGGUGCAGCUGGCGGUGCUGGUGAGGUGCUGACGGAAACCAUGGAGUUCGUACGAAACAUUACGGCAAGUAGGGGGGAUGCUGCGCCGCCCACCACCACCACCCCUACCAAUAACGCCGCCGCCGCCGCCGCCAAGGCAACCUCCGCUGUCGGCGCCACUCCUGCUGCCGCCAACACCGACGGUGGCAGCAGACCUGGCGCCUACGCCGACGGCGACGGCAGCGACAUUGACGACGACGGCGGCGAUGCCAGGAUGGCUGGCGCCGACGGCGACGCCGGCGAGGGGGAGGAAGGCCCCAGCGGCCGCGGCCGGGCCCCGAGCGAGGAGCCGGCGGGACCCCGUACGGGCACUUGGGUUGCCGCCGAGGACAUGGACGUCGACGCCGACGCUGACGGCGCCGGUGGAGUUCGCAAGCGCGGGCGGGAGGGGUCACAGGACCCUGGCGGCGGCGGCGCCGGAGGCGGCGGCGGCGGUCGGGAGCGGACGCCGUUAGAGUUGGCGGAUACGGGCAUCACGGGCGAGAGGGUUGUGGGCCGCGGGCUAGCGGGCGCGCUGGGGCUGCUGAACGACAAGGGCACGCUGAAGGAGCAGGUGGAAUGGAGCGGGCGGAACAACGAUAAGAGCAAGAACGCGCUGCAGGGGCUGCACGAUGUCUUCACGGGGGGUAGAGAGCAUGACCGAGUGGCUCGUAGCGUGGAGGCCGCGCUUACCGUACGGGACAAGUACGGCAGAGUGCUCACACCCAAGGAGCGAUUCAGACAAAUAUGUUACUCUUUCCACGGCAUCAAGCCCUCCAAGAACAAGAUCGACAAACAGAUGCAGCGGGACGCGGAGGAGAUCGCCAUCAAGAAGGCCGCCACCACGGAGGACCCCUCGAAGGAACUGGACAGGCUGAGAGCCGUACAGAAGGUUACGGGCUCAGCCUAUGUCGUACUGUCGGGCAAGAACGCGGGGCUGCCGGCGGUGGUGGCUCCCGGGGCUGUGGGGUAUGGUGGCGGCAGCUACCUGGUGAACAUACUCGACCCUAUGGUCGAUAUCACGAUUAUGAAACGCAGCGGCGGAGUGGGCAACCUGACUCCGCUGCUGGGGGACCGCAAGGUGGAGGCGAUGCUGGGGAUCAAGAAGCCGCCCAAGAAGCCGUCGGGGGGAAAGUACUAG